UUUGCGAAUAUUUGAUAAUGUAUUUACUUAUUGAAAUUUAUUACUCUUUAAUUUUUUUUCAGGUUAUAAACGCCAAGUGUGAUUGUGCUGGAGGAGUAGAGCUAGCUGUCUGCAAACACUCUCUUGCAUUGCUCUAUGCAAUUCAAAGCUACAGUGCUGAAAAGUUAUAUGUUGCCCCUACUGAAGUUUUACAGAGAUGGCACCAGAAGAAGCCAGUGAAGCGAGAACCUAAAACUUUUUUCGUUGCCAAUGAGUUACUCAUUUCAAAUGUGUCUACCGAUAUAAAUUUUAGUGCUCUAAAUGCUAUGUGUUUAAAUGCUCCCAUCUUUGACGUUGUGAAUCCUUCACAAUGUGACAAAGAUGAUUUAGCAUACAGUAAAAGAUUACCUCUUCCUGCAUUGGUCAUUGGGGGUAUGCACACUAUUAUACCUGAUUGUGCUGAACCUGUACAGAACUUGUUCAUGCACAGUAAGGUAAUAGUCACAUUGGAUGAAGCAAUUGCUGUUGAAAAGUCAACAGUAAAACAAAGUCAGAGUGAUACAUGGAGCGUUUAAUUCGUUUAACUGCCUCGAACUUCCACAGGAUUUGCACCCGUGUUUCAGCUCAUGAUGUUUUGGCUCUGUAGUUAUAUGAAGGUAGUUCGAAGGAUUUAUCCCAUAUACCUGCUGUGGCUCAUGGACGUGACUGUGAAAAUGGUGUGAAAACCAUUAUUGCUCACAAGUUUUCUGAAUAUACUUUCAGAAACACGGGACUUAUUGUGAAUCCAUUUUUUCCCUUAUUGGGUGCUUUUCGGAUGGCCUUUUGUAUGCUCCUGGAGACCCCAUUCUAGUGGAAAUUAAAUGUAUUUAUAAUCCCACUAAACUGAGUUUGAAUUCGUUAGUGAUGUUAAGGAAGAAUUUUUGUCUUGAAGUUGAUGAAAAUAAAGGCUUUAAACUCCGUGAUAAUCAUGCCAACAUGUAUCAGAUUCAAGGACAAAUGGCAUUGGAAAAUAUCAGUGAAUGUUAUUUUGUUUUAUAUUUUAAAGAGAAUGAGCCUGUGUUUCUUGAAAGAAUAAUUUUCAACAAAUCCAUGUGGGAAGGAAUGUUUUUAAAGUUAAAAGAUUUUUAUUUUAAGUUUUAUUUGCCUUUAUUAACUAUAAAAGAGUCUAUAUUUUAGCUUGGAAAAAUCUUUGUAUAAUUUUUUUUCAAGCUGGAAUAUAAGUUCUUAAUUUUUCAAAAUUAACAUAAUUAUAUAUCAAGCAUAUCAUUAAAUAUUAUUCAUUCUCAUUUCUUUUACUCAAAAACCUUAU